AUGCUUCAACGGGUGCUCCACGUCACCACGAACCCCACCAUGCUCGAGAAACUCCUUUGGCGUGAAAAACAAGCCGUGGCAUACACACACGAUUUUAACAUCCUCGCCUUUUUUGUAACCGUACAAGAAUCCUUCGACUCUACGGCCAUUAGGCCCGACUUCUCUAGUGGUCACAUAUGGCAUGUCGCGCAUCGUGUUCUUGACGUGUUGACACGUGGCGCUUUUUGCUUCUCUCUCGAGGGCUCGGCCAGCUGGCUCGUGUCCCUUUGGAAUCUGCCUGCUGGAACUCGAAGGCGACACCUCAGCAUUUUGUUUCGACCCUGUAUCAGACGAGCCAGACGAACCGCUCCUCAUCGGCCCACCCGACCCUUGAGACGACGACUCGACAGCCUCGCGCGGCGGAACAUUUCUCCCUCCGCCGCCGGCGUCCCUCGGCGGCACCCUCAGAUUCCUCAUCCUCUCCAUCCUUUUCCUCCUCGCCUCCAUCCGCCUCGCCGUCAGCAUCUCCCUACGCCGGCGCCACUCCUCCUCCGUCCCCGCCGGCAGGGACCGCGUCCUCGACAGCGGCGCGUGCAAAUCGACCCCCGCCACGCGCACUUGGGGCCCCGCCUUCGCCAGGGCCACGUCCGCUAUGGACGAGCAGCGCUUCAGCUUCUUGCUCCUGGUGGGGUCCACCCCGAACCUCCCGUUCAUCGACAGGCCCAGGCCAAGCUCCACGUCCUCGUCUUCUUCUUCUUCCUCCGCCGAAGGCUUCUUGUUCUCGGUAGGGCACUCGCUGCGUAUUUUCGUGAAUCUGCGGAGCAGAUCGAUUAUUUCUCUGUUUUCCUCAGCUCCCUCCAUUUAAUAGUUGUUCGAGCUCGAGAAAGGGUUGCAAUUUUUGGUGGGGAUAAACCCAAAUUUCAGUUGGGGCUCACCUUGUUUGCCGGGGAAAAUGGAUAA